CGCUCUCGCCGCCGUCCAAACCCACAAACUCAGAGCAUCUCGAUCCAGCGCAACCGCCGCCGACACAACACCUCGUGAGUCCUCGUCGCCGGAGAAGCAGCAAGCAAGAUGGCCGGAAGGAAGGGUGGCGACAGGAAGAAGGCCGUGACCCGGUCCGUGAAGGCCGGGCUCCAGUUCCCCGUCGGCCGCAUCGGGCGCUACCUCAAGAAGGGCCGUUACGCGCAGCGCGUCGGCUCCGGCGCCCCCGUCUACCUCGCCGCCGUCCUCGAGUACCUCGCCGCCGAGGUCCUGGAGCUCGCCGGCAACGCGGCCAAGGACAACAAGAAGACCCGCAUCAUCCCGCGCCACCUGCUGCUCGCCGUCCGCAAUGACCAGGAGCUCGGCAGGCUGCUCGCCGGCGUCACCAUCGCCCACGGCGGCGUCAUCCCCAACAUCAACUCCGUGCUGCUCCCCAAGAAGUCCCCCGCCGCGGCCGAGAAGGAGGCCAAGUCGCCCAAGAAGAAGACGGCCACCAAGUCCCCCAAGAAGAAGGUCGCCGCCAAGGAGUAGCCGCCACCAUAGCCUAGCCUGCGCCGAGGAACCGUGUCGUGUUGCUUAGUUAGUUGGAUCUUGUAUGUAGUGUGGUGGCCCUUUCAUCAGAUCUCGAUGAGCAAGGCCGGCAUUGUGUAUCUGUGAUUUCUGUGGGAAUGGCCAAAGAUGCAAUCCUUUCAAUCUUAA